AUGUCUAAGAUGAAGUUGUGGCUGGGCCUUCCCCUUCUUCUGGCUCUCAGCGCGGGUCGUCUGGAUGCUUGGUUCUGGAACAAUGACCCUGAUCCUACUACCCAAGCCCCAACGAAGGCUCCGCUGCUGGGCAAGGCAGGGGCAGGAGGACAGCCCAAGAGAGGUGAGGAGAACCUGGCAGGGGUUGGGGCAGAAAUCAUCAACGUGGCUGAUGGGAUCCGGUCAGGGCUUAGAGAAAGCGAAAGCUUGGUUAUCCCCACUAACCUAACAGGGGUGGUGGAGGAUGACCUCACAGGGGUUGAGGGGGUGAAACAGGGCGAACUAAAGACCAACCUAUCUGACAUCACCUCUCAUGACCACAAUGGAACCUGCCACCUCGUGCCCUCUGAUUGGCCGAUCUGCAUAUCCAGGGGGUCGAAGCAUUUCUCGCUGCCCAACUUCCUGAACCACACCUCUGUGGAGGAGGUGGGCAUAGUCCUGAGAGAGUGGGCAUGGCUGGCCAAGGCGGGGUGCCACCAUGGAGCCGAAUGGUUCCUCUGCCUCCUCCUGGUGCCCAGGUGCCCACUGCCUGGUCAGGUGCCCACCAAGGUUCCCCUUCUGCCCUGCUGCAGCUUCUGCCAUGUCCUGCAAGACAGCUGCUGGCCAGCCCUGGAUGAUGGGCAACUUCCUGUAGAGUGUAAUAUGCUGCCCGACAGGGAUCAGGAGGCGGGGUUGCGGUGUCCGUCGUGUGUGUCAGUUAGUAAUCGGAAAGGUAAAACCGCGGGUUAG